AUGGAUGCGUGGGGGGGCCCCGCGCCCCUCUGGAGCCGCCGCCGCGGGGCCCGGCUGCUGCUGCUGCUGCUGACCGUGCGGCUGGGGAGCGGAGCCGAUAAAGCAGAUGAUGAGGAUGAUGAAGAUCUAACAGUGAAUAAAACAUGGGUCCUAGCACCAAAGAUUCAUGGUGGGGAUGUGACUCACAUACUGGACUCCUUACUUCAAGGAUAUGACAAUAAGCUUCGGCCAGAUAUUGGAGUGAGGACUACGGUAAUUGAGACAGAUGUCUACGUUAACAGCAUUGGCCCAGUUGACCCAAUCAAUAUGGAAUACACCAUAGAUAUAAUUUUUGCCCAGACUUGGUAUGACAGUCGUCUAAAAUUUAACAGCUCAAUGAAAGUGCUUAUGCUUAAUAGCAAUAUGGUUGGAAAAAUUUGGAUUCCAGACACUUUCUUCCGGAACUCAAGGAAAUCUGAUGCUCACUGGAUUACAACUCCAAAUCGCUUACUUCGAAUCUGGAGUGAUGGAAGAGUAUUAUACACUCUAAGACUGACAAUUAAUGCUGAAUGUUAUCUUCAGCUUCAUAACUUUCCUAUGGAUGAACACUCCUGUCCACUGGAAUUUUCAAGCUAUGGAUAUCCCAGAAAUGAAAUUGAAUAUAAAUGGAAGAAAACCUCUGUUGAAGUAGCAGAUCCAAAAUACUGGAGAUUAUAUCAGUUUGCAUUUGUAGGGUUACGAAAUACAACUGAAAUUUCUCAUACUCUGUCUGGUGAUUAUAUUAUUAUGACAAUCUUCUUUGAUCUCAGCAGACGUAUGGGAUAUUUUACUAUCCAGACAUACAUUCCGUGUAUUCUCACAGUUGUUCUCUCAUGGGUGUCAUUUUGGAUCAAUAAGGAUGCAGUUCCUGCAAGGACAUCUCUGGGCAUUACAACGGUGCUGACCAUGACAACAUUGAGUACAAUUGCCAGGAAGUCACUCCCAAAGGUUUCCUAUGUGACAGCAAUGGACCUUUUUGUCUCAGUUUGCUUCAUUUUUGUGUUUGCUGCCUUGAUGGAAUAUGGCACCUUGCAUUAUUUUACCAGCAACAGAAAAGGGGACAAAGGAAAAGAUAAGAAGGCAAAAUCUAAGCCAUCAAAACCACCUGCAAUUGCUGUUCGACCUGGAUCAACACUGAUUCCAAUUAAUAACAUUAAUCAUCUCCCUGAACGUGAUGAUGAUUAUGGAUAUGAGUGCCUAGAAGGGAAAGACUGUGCUAGCUUCUUUUGUUGUUUUGAAGACUGCCGCACAGGAUCUUGGAGAGAAGGAAGGAUACACAUUCGUAUUGCAAAAAUUGACUCCUAUUCUCGAAUCUUCUUUCCAACAGCCUUUGCAUUGUUCAAUCUUGUUUAUUGGAUUGGCUAUCUUUAUCUAUAA